CGCGCCGCACCCGAGUGGCCCCCAGCCGAGCGGGCCCCCACCUCCCGGCCCGGCCUGGGCCCUCCUGCGCCUCCCUUGGCCUUUGUCCGGCGCCAGGAGGCCGGUCCCGCGCCCCCCGCGGCCGCCCGGGCCCGGGCCCGCGUCAGGCGCCUGGCUCUGUACGCGAGCCCGGGGAUCUGCGGCCUCCGCGGCCCCCCUCCCCCGCCCGCCCUCUCGUGGAGCCCGGCGCCGGCGGCGGCUGCCCGGGCGGGGGGUUGCGGCGCUCAGGAGAGGCCCCGGCUCCGCCCCGGGCCUGCCCAGGGGGAGAGCAGAGCGGUCCGCGGCCGGGUCGGGUCGGGGCCCCUCCCAGGAGGAGCGUGGAGCGGCGGCGGCGGCAGUAGAAAUGAUGGAAGAAUUGCAUAGCCUGGACCCUCGAAGGCAGGAAUUAUUAGAGGCCAGGUUUACAGGAGUUGGUGUUAGUAAGGGUCCACUCAAUAGUGAGUCUUCCAACCAGAGCUUGUGCAGCGUGGGGUCCUUGAGUGAUAAAGAAGUAGAGACUCCUGAGAAAAAACAGAAUGACCAGCGAAACCGGAAAAGAAAAGCUGAACCAUAUGAAACUAGCCAAGGGAAAGGCACUCCUAGGGGACAUAAAAUUAGUGAUUACUUUGAGUUUGCUGGGGGAAGCGGGCCAGGAACCAGCCCUGGCAGAAGUGUUCCACCAGUUGCACGAUCCUCACCGCAACAUUCCUUAUCCAAUCCCUUACCGCGGCGAGUAGAGCAGCCUCUCUACGGCUUAGAUGGCAGUGCUGCGAAGGAGGUGUCGGAAGAGCAGUCCGCUCUGCCCACCCUGAUGUCAGUGAUGCUGGCAAAGCCUCGGCUUGACACGGAGCAACUGGCACAGAGGGGAGCUGGCCUCUGCUUCACUUUCGUUUCAGCUCAGCAAAAUAGUCCCUCCUCUACGGGAUCUGGCAACACAGAGCAUUCCGGCAGCUCCCAAAAACAGAUCUCCAUCCAGCACAGACAGACCCAGUCUGACCUCACAAUAGAAAAAAUAUCUGCACUAGAAAACAGUAAGAAUUCUGACUUAGAAAAGAAGGAGGGAAGAAUAGAUGAUUUGUUAAGAGCCAACUGUGAUUUGAGGCGACAAAUUGACGAACAGCAAAAGAUGCUAGAGAAGUACAAAGAACGAUUAAAUCGAUGUGUGACGAUGAGCAAGAAACUCCUUAUAGAAAAGUCAAAACAGGAGAAGAUGGCGUGUAGAGAUAAGAGCAUGCAAGACCGCUUGAGAUUGGGGCACUUUACCACCGUGCGACAUGGGGCCUCUUUUACUGAACAAUGGACAGAUGGUUACGCUUUCCAGAACCUCAUCAAGCAACAGGAAAGGAUAAAUUCACAAAGGGAAGAGAUAGAAAGACAACGGAAAAUGUUAGCGAAGCGGAAACCUCCUGCCAUGGGACAGGCCCCUCCAGCAACCAACGAGCAGAAACAGAGGAAAAGCAAGACCAACGGAGCUGAAAAUGAAACGUUAACAUUAGCAGAAUACCAUGAACAAGAAGAAAUCUUCAAACUCAGAUUAGGUCAUCUUAAAAAGGAAGAAGCAGAGAUCCAGGCAGAGCUGGAAAGGCUAGAAAGGGUUAGAAAUCUACAUAUCAGGGAACUAAAAAGGAUACAUAAUGAAGAUAAUUCACAAUUUAAAGAUCAUCCAACGCUAAAUGACAGAUACUUGUUGUUACAUCUUUUGGGUAGAGGAGGUUUCAGUGAAGUUUACAAGGCAUUUGAUCUAACAGAACAAAGAUAUGUAGCUGUGAAAAUUCACCAGUUAAAUAAAAACUGGAGAGAUGAGAAAAAGGAGAAUUACCACAAGCAUGCAUGUAGGGAAUACCGGAUUCACAAAGAACUGGAUCAUCCCAGGAUAGUUAAGCUGUAUGAUUACUUUUCACUGGACACUGACUCGUUUUGUACAGUAUUAGAGUACUGUGAGGGCAAUGACCUGGACUUCUACCUGAAACAGCACAAAUUAAUGUCGGAGAAAGAGGCGCGAUCCAUUAUUAUGCAGAUUGUGAAUGCUUUAAAGUACUUAAAUGAAAUAAAACCUCCCAUCAUACACUAUGACCUCAAACCAGGUAAUAUUCUUUUAGUAAAUGGUACAGCAUGUGGAGAGAUAAAAAUCACAGAUUUUGGUCUUUCCAAGAUCAUGGAUGAUGAUAGCUACAAUUCCGUGGACGGCAUGGAGCUAACGUCACAGGGUGCUGGUACUUACUGGUAUUUACCACCAGAGUGUUUUGUGGUUGGGAAAGAGCCACCAAAGAUCUCAAAUAAAGUUGACGUCUGGUCAGUGGGUGUGAUCUUCUACCAGUGUCUUUAUGGAAGGAAGCCUUUUGGCCACAACCAGUCCCAGCAAGACAUUCUACAAGAAAAUACUAUUCUUAAAGCUACUGAAGUGCAGUUCCCGCCAAAGCCAGUAGUAACACCAGAAGCAAAGGCGUUUAUUCGACGAUGCUUAGCCUAUCGAAAGGAGGACCGCAUCGAUGUCCAGCAGCUGGCCUGUGACCCCUACUUGCUGCCUCACAUCCGAAAGUCGGUCUCCACGAGUAGCCCCGCUGGAGCUGCUAUCGCAUCAACCUCGGGGGCGUCCAAUAACAGUUCUUCGAAUUGAGACCCACUCCUAGGCCGCGAACUGUUCAGCACACACCAAGUGGACAAGUGGCAUUCAGCAGCGGGUUUGGGACAUAGCGAAUCCGAAUGGAUCUCAUGAAACCUGUACCAGGUGCUUUUAUUUUCUUGCUUUUUUCCCAUCCAUAGAGCAUGACAGCAUCGAUUCUCAUUGAGGAGAAACCUUGGGCAGCUCUGGCCAGGCCUUGUAGGAAAAGGCCCCGCCCGAGGUUCCGGCGUCAACGGCCACUGCGUGUGGCUGCUCUGAGUGAGGAAAAAAUUAAAAAGAAAAACUGGUUCCAUGUACUGUGAACUUGAAAACAUGCAGACUCAGGGGGGGUCCCUGAUGCAGUGCUUCAGAUGAAGAAUGUGGACUUGAAAAUACAGACUGGGCUAGUCCAGUGUCUAUAUUUAAACUUGUUCUUUUCUUUUAAUAAAGUUUAGGUAACAUCUCCUGAAAAGCUUGUAGCACAAAGGCUCAGCUGGGGAUGGUGUUUGACUUCGGAGGAAAAAAGUUGCUAUUGCCCGUUAAAGGCACUAGAGUUAGUGUUUUAUCCCUAAAUAAUUUCAAUUUUUAAAAACAUGCAGCUUCCCUCCCCCCUUUUUUAUUUUUGAAAGAAUACAUUUGGUCAUAAAGUGAAACCCGUAUUAGCAAGUACGUGGCAACGUUCAUUCCAGUCAGAUGCAGCUUUCUCCUCCGUCUGGUCUCCUGUGUGCAGUCGCGUCCCUCGUCUCAGGAGGGAAAGCGUCGAGUGGGAGGACUGAGGUGUGUGGGGCUUUGCCGUCGGACAAAGAACGAGGUUAGAAGCCCGCAGCUUGGAGUCUCUAGGUUUUCAACUCUUUCUUCACAAUUUGAACACUUGACGGUUGUCCCUUUUAAUUUAUUUGAAGUGCUAUUUUUUUAAAUAAAGGUUCAUCUGUCCAUGCA